GUUGGCCCGAUAACUUUGUCGGAAUCAGAAGAAUUUGGUGCCCACGGUCCCCAACCAUCAAAUGGGUUGCGUUGAAGACGCGUGUCAGCGUCUGCGUAUGUGUGUUCGUAGCGACUAACGAUUGAGAUUGAGACCACCGAGGUUGGCCGGUACAGACGAAAAUAAUGUAAAGAAACGAUUUACUCAGACUGCAGAUAUGAAUGCCUACAUCAGAUCAGAAAAAGCAAGACAAAAGUGUACAUCCAUUUUAUAAAAUCCGUCGUUGUAAUCCGAAAUUCCAAAAUAUUAGUUGUGUAGUAAACAUGUACCAUGUUGUUCGCGGCAGUAACUUGAACAGUAUAUCUGAAGAAUAUCAGCCGAGGGAAUUGAAGCGACCAAAGCUUUGUGAACAGGUACCAUGGCCGAAGUGAUAGAAUAAAUUAUAACAACUAAGUCCAGUGAACAGUGUGAGACAGUUAAAUUUUAAGGAACUUCCAACAAAUAUUUCCAGUACCAAGAGAGUAUUGUUAGAGUACCUGGACGCAAAUUAGCACGAGAACCGAGAUGGAUAUGACCUCAGCGGCAGAUGCCCGAAGCUGGUAUGAUAACCAGCGAUUAGGCGGGUCCCCAAGUACUUCGGCUGCCGCGCUGGGGCACCAAUCAGCGACAGCGGGUGUUGAUCCCACAGAGAUGAACCCCUUUUAUCCCCUCGAAAAUGGCACCCACCGUCGGUAUUAUCCCAGCAGCUAUGGACCACACGCAGCAUCUCGCAUAGCAUCAUCGCAUGUGUCGCCACAGGUGUGCAGACCACACUUUCAUGGACCGUUGUCCUGGUUAAGUGAUCCCGCGAAACCGAUUGCAUCUAGCAGUGCCUGGGGAAACCCAUUCGCCUGUCCCCAAGAUCCUCCGGAUAAACUGAGCCAAGCAGCGGUGGCAACGGCAGCGAUUGGUCCCGGUGGUGGCCAGAGUAGCGGUAGUAGCCAGCAUCUGUUCUCUUUUCCACCAACGCCUCCGAAAGACUCCACCCCGGACUCAGUACAAACUGCACCUGCCGAGUAUCAAGCAACUAUCAAUGCCUUCAUGCAUCAGGCCCAAGUAACAUCGAGCUGUAUUGCUCAGCAAGCAGCCGCUGCUGCCGCCCAAGAAAACUGUGUACUAGACGUGAAACCUUGUCUUACGGGGAGUUCUCUGGGACUGGGUUUGGGAAAUGCCAGUGGAAGCAGUAGUAUUGGUGGUGGACUUAGUGUCGGAGGAGGAGGAGGAGGAAAUGGCAGUGGUGGUAACGGUGGAAGUGGUUCCGGAGGUAAUAGUGCCAGCAGUGGACAAAACCAGCCAAAGCAACGGGAAGGUACGACCCUGAACGCGACCAGUGCUAGUGGUAGUAAUAACCAUACUCAUAGCGGUUCCAAUAGUGCAUUGUUCGAUACUGCCGGCCAUGGACCGUACGCCGGUGGAUACGAAACGGCUGGCUACGGCUAUCAUCACCAGCAAAGUGGUUCGUUCCAACAUAACUCACGAUCUACGGUUAUGAAUAGUUCAUAUAUGAAGCCGCAGCGGACAAAGGCUCGAACUAGUGCCGAGGGCCGAGAGUGUGUGAACUGUGGUGCUACAUCGACGCCUCUGUGGCGACGGGACGGUACCGGUCAUUAUUUGUGCAACGCCUGCGGUCUCUAUUACAAAAUGAACGGCCAGAACCGUCCACUGAUCAAACCGAAGCGAAGACUAGUUAGUUCACUGCAAAGCGCUGCGAGAAGGGCCGGUACGUCAUGCGCUAAUUGCAAGACCACCACGACGACGCUGUGGCGACGGAACCAAGGUGGAGAGCCUGUUUGCAACGCCUGCGGGUUGUACUACAAACUGCACAAUGUGAAUCGGCCACUAACGAUGAAAAAGGAAGGAAUUCAAACGAGGAAUCGAAAGUUGUCGUCAAAAUCGAAAAAGAAAAAAGGGCUCCCCGGAUCGUGUCUUCCACUAGGUAGUCAUCAUUUAGGUGACCUAAUGAAGCCAUUGGACCAUAACAAAUCGUUUCCCGGGGCGUUUCCUGGUUCAAUGGGCCAACAUAGUCAUCUGUCAGGAGGAUUGCAUCCUGCUCAUACACAUAUGCAUGGCGGCUGGUACACUACUGGUAUGGGUGGUCUUGGCUCAUCGAGCAGCCUACAGACUGGCUUCGGUAGUGCAACUUCACUGGGAGGUGGCAUGGGACCGCACACACAAUCUUACCACCUAGGACUAAAUUCAAUGAGUUGGCGUUCGGAGUAUACGUGAUGGAGUACUAGCAACUUUAAUACCAACUUGUUUGAAUUUGGUGCGACACCCAAGCUUCAACAACAGUCACCGCAUCACCAUCAUCAUCAAAACAGUGGCAUUCUUUUCGAACAUCAGCCACUUCCACAUCCUCAUCAUCACCAUCACCCUCACCCUCAUCAUCUUCAUCACGUGCCACUGAGUAGCAGUAACGGCAGCAGCAGCAGUCAGGAUCUUGAACUGCACAGUCAGCAUCAUGCGUUCCACGAGUCUCAACUUCAUCAGCAUCAGCUGCACCUAGCGGCGAGUCAAGUACAAAUUUAAAGGAUUUUUACUUUUUUAUUAAUUUAUUUUGACGCCAGAAUGAUUAGUAGUUCAGCAUACACAAUAAAGGAGACUUCACAACCGACUCAUGAUUAAAUAUGUUGACAUGUCUUUCGAAUGCUUGCGAUUAUUUCAACCAUCACCUCCACACUUAUAAGCUUUCUUUCCGAUUGUUUUAUACUAUUAACAGCACAAAUUGUAAAAUUUUACGCCAUUCUGAGCGAGCAGCGUUUAUCAAUGACAAAAAGGGACUUCGUUAGUUAAGCAAAAAAUGUGCUCUUCCGUUCGUUUUGUUUUUUUUUUUCUCUAGUAAAUGUUUUCUUGACCUUAACCGUCGCCGAAAGUGUGAAGCAACAAUUCGCGGUAAGUCGGCCAGAGAAACUGAUAAUUUAUGAGCUAAUACAACUAGAUAGCCAUCACCAUAAUAAACACCCGCGGAUAAUGGAACCGACUUUGAAUGAUCGAAUUUAUCAAACUUAGGCACACCAAUUAAGUCCAUACAAAGCAGCAGAGUUUUGGAAUGAACGGGCCGAUGUUUUAAAAUUGUUGUAAGAGUAAGUUGUAUGGAUUUAUCAAUACUAUAACGUUGUGUCCACAUGUAUAUAAACAAACGUCACGCCAGAGGCGGACGAAAUUGCGAGUUUUUUCGCAAAUAAUUAUGAUGCAGGGCAUCCUACAUGAAUAGCGAAUUGUACAUUUUUUAAUAGUUAGGAAGCAACAUGUCAUUUGAUUUCAUCCACGAUUACGAUAUUUUUUAGAAAGAAGAGUGCAAUGUUCCGUUGUAAUGCUAUAGCAUGACUAAGGUAUUAUUUAUGCAAUCAAACAUAAGUAGUUAUAAUUCCGGUUCUGCACAUCAGGACCUACAUAAUUUUAGCCUCGGUUCAGCCAUUGCAACCCAACCUGUGAAAUGUGAACUGCAAUACAAAAAAAUCAGACAUCCUUGAUUGAAUUUUUUGUAUCUGUAUUUAUACACAAACUUAAUAGAAGUAUUUGUCUAUAGAAAAAAGAAGCAAACAUUUUAGUGCGAAAUAAUGUAAUUAUUACAUUUUUUUUAAGAAACCAGGGUUAUGCCACGAAAUUGAAUUGAGCAGUGUGACAUGCUAUGUUUAUAGAGUUUAGAAUGGGUGAGUUAGUUCUAAUAGAAUGGAUCCGAAGUAGAGCGCAUGCUACAGCAGUGGCAUCAGUAAAAACAAAUAAGAACAAAACACAAACACGAAGGAAUCGCUAUAAAAUCUUGAUGUGUUGUUAGUCACGAUAGUCAUACUGGAAGAAUUUUUAAAUGUUAAACGAACAAGUGGUCAAAAAUGCAGCUCUAAAUUUUGCGAAACUGUAAAUUGAACGCUGUAUAGAAGCUAAGUAAGUUAAUAUGCUAAAACGAUAUUGAUAUUCUAAUAAGGUAUAAGCAUGUGUAAGAUACAAAAACGUGUAAAGAAUACAAAAAAUAU